AUGACUGUUGUGAAGGGUGAGUCUGAUGAGAUGAUUGCUACACGUGUGGUCACUGGUUGGAGAGUUUGCAUAGAUUAUCGCAUGUUGAAUGCUGCUACUAGGAAAGAUCAUUUUCCCCUUCCCUUCAUUGAUCAGAUGCUUGAUAGAUUGGCUGGAUGCAUGAUGGCUAUUUUCCAUGAUCUGAUUGAGAGUGUGAUGGAAGUGUUCAUGGAUGAUUUCUCUGUGUUUGGUAGUUCUUUUGAUCAUUGUCUAGAGAAUUUAUCUGUUGUGCUUGCUCGUUGUGAGGAAACUAACUUGGUGCUUAAUUGGGAGAAGUGCCAUUUUAUGGUGCGAGAAAGCAUUGUUCUUGGCCAUAAAGUUUCAGCUGCAGGUUUGGAGGUUGAUCGAGCCAAGAUUGUUGCCAUAGAGAAGCUCCCGCCACCAACCAAUGAUAGAGCUGUGCGUAGUUUUUUGGGUCAUGCCGGAUUCUACCGCCGCUUCAUCAAGGACUUCUCAAAGGUUGCUAAGCCGUUGAGUCAGCUGUUGGAGAAGGAUGUCAAGUUCUGUUUUGAUGAUGCUUGCACAGCUGCGUUUGAGACUUUGAAGAAAGUCUUAGUCACAGCUCCUGUUUUGAUUGUGCCGGAUUGGACGCAGCCAUUCGAGUUGAUGUGUGAUGCCAGUGAUAUUACUAUUGGAGCUGCGUUGGGUCAGAAAAGGGACAAGAUUUUUCAUGUCAUCUAUUAUGCCAGCCGGACUUUGGAUAAAGCUCAGGUGAACUACACGGUGACCGAGAAGGAGAUGUUAGCAGUUGUUUAUGCUUUUGACAAGUUCCGCGCAUACUUGAUCGGGAUAAAAUCGCAGCCAUCCGAUUUCUCUUUGACAAGAAGGAUGCCAAGCCACGACUCAUUCGAAAAUCCGGUAGAAGGAGAGGAACUUCAAGUUCCAAUCAAGGAGACAUUCCCGGAUGAGCAGAUUUUGCAAGUGAGCUCGCCUACACCAUGGUAUGCCGACUAUGUGAAUUUCCUGGCCGCCAAAUAUCCUCCACCCAAGGAUUUGAGUACUUAUAAGAAGAAGAAAUUCUAUCAUGAUGUGAAGUUCUACAUGUGGGAGAAACCGUUUCUUUACCGACGAUGCGCCGACAUGGUGAUUCGUCGUUGUGUGCCAGAAGAGGAGUGGGGACCGAUCCUCACUCAAUGUCAUUCAUCACCGAGUGGAGGCCAUUUUGGAGCCAAUAGAACCACUUUCAAAGUCCUACAAAGUGGUUUUUAUUGGCCCUCUAUCUUUAAGGAUGCCCACGCUUUCAUAUCUCGUUGUGAUCGUUGCCAACGUAUGGGUGGUAUUUCUAAAAGGCAUGAGAUGCCUUUGACUAGCGUGGUGGAGGUUGAGUUAUUCGACGUAUGGGGGAUCGACUUUAUGGGUCCGUUUCCUUCAUCCUAUGGGAACCAAUACAUCCUUUUGGCCGUAGAGUAUGUGUCGAGAUGGGUCGAGGCCAUUCCCACCGCCAAGAAUGAUUCAAAGGUGGUGAUGAAAUUUCUGCAAAAAUACAUCUUGUCAAGGUAUGGAGCGCCGCGAGCUUUAGUAAGUGGUGGGGGAUCACACUUCUGCAAUCGAUGGUUGGAUAACUUGUUGAAGAGGAACGGAGUAAAGCAUCGUGUCACUACGGCGUAUCAUCCUCAAGCGAAUGGCCAAACCGAGCUAGCCAACCGUGAGAUUAAGCAAGUUUUGGAAAAGACUGUGAAUGGAGGUCACAAGGAUUGGGCGAUAUUGCUAGAUGACGCUCUUUGGGCGUAUCGCACGGCAUACAAAACUCCUUUAGGUAUGUCUCCAUAUCAAUUGGUGUUUGGAAAGUCGUGCCACUUGCCGGUGGAAUUCACCCACAAAGCUUUUUGGGCGGUGAAAAAGUUGAAUUUGGACUUUCACUCGGCUGGAAAAGAGAGGAUGCUUCACUUGAGUGCUUUGGAAGAAUUUCGUGAUCAAGCUUUUGAAAACUCUAGCAUUUAUAAGGAGAGGACGAAAAGGUUUCAUGACAAGAUGAUCCUCAAGCGAGAAUUUGCCGUGGGAGACCAAGUACUAUUAUUCAAUUCUCAUCUUCGUUUGUUUCCGGGAAAGUUGAAGUCAAAGUGGUCGGGACCGUUCACCAUCUCCCAAGUUUUCCCCAAUGGAACGAUUGAGUUGAGCAAAGAACGAGGUGAGCCGUUUCGAGUGAAUGGGCAGCGAGUGAAGGCUUACUAUAGCCCGGAUCAAGUCCACACGGUGGACGUCAUCGAUCUUCAUGAUUGUUGA